UUUUAUUUUAUCAAAAUUUUAAAGUAUAUAGAACAAAUUAUAAAAAAUCUCAACAUGGAGGAUAUUAGAAUACCCGAGUUUUAUGCAGGAAGAGAGAUAUUUAUUACCGGAGGAACAGGAUUUAUGGGCAAAGUACUUAUAGAAAAACUUUUAAGAUCUUGUCCAGAAAUAAAAAGAAUUUAUUUACUGAUGAGAACCAAAAAAUCUGUUGAACCAAAAGAACGGGUAAAGAACAUGGCAGACAUACCGUUAUUCGAAAAAUUAAAAAAUGAAAACCCAGAAGCACUGGACAAAAUAGUACCUGUAAAUGGCGAUAUGAUGUCUUUGGGUCUUGGAAUAAGUGAUGAAGAUAAAAAACUAUUGAGUAAAGUUUCAAUUGUUUUUCACAGUGCAGCUAAUGUGAGAUUUGACGAACCGUUGCAAGAAGCAAUUUUUAUGAAUACUAGAGGAACGAGGGAAGUUAUGGAACUUGCAAAAACAAUGCCUGAUCUGAAAGUUCUGAUGCAUGUAUCAACUGGUUAUUGUAAUAGUGAUCAUAAACUUAUAGAAGAAAAACUUUAUCCCGAGCAUGUAAAUUGGAGAGAAGCAAUUAAAAUCGCUGAAACUGCUGAUGACCAUACCCUUAGGAUUCUCACAGAAAAAUAUAUAGGAGAAUUACAUAAUACUUAUGUUUUUACCAAAAACCUAUCGGAGCACGUUGUUCAAGACUAUUCAAAAGAAUUGCCAGUAGUAAUAUUUAGACCCACAAUAGUGAUAUCCAGCUAUGAAGAACCUGUUCCGGGAUGGGUAGAUAAUUUUAAUGGACCUAUGGGAAUGGUUAUAGGAGCAGCAAAAGGUGUUUUAAGAUCUAUUUACGUCGAUGAAAAUAUUGUAAAUGAUUUUAUGCCUGUUGAUAUUGCUAUAAAAGCAAUGAUAGUCGCUGCUUGGAAAAGGGGACUCGAAAAUUCAAGUAAUUUGAAAAAAGCUACUAUAGGUGAAAUAAUUAAUAUGGGAUUAAAAUUUUCGGAAAAGUAUUUCGUAGACGAUCCUAUAUGGACUGUUGGUGGUAAAUUAACAAAUAUCUACAUAGAACAUUAUACAAAGGUAUUAUUUCUCCAUUUGCUGCCAGCUUUGGUUAUUGACACUUUAUUGAAAUGUUUGGGACACAAGCCAAUAUUGAGUAGAAUUCAAAGAAAAGUUUAUAUUGCUAAUAAAGCAUUGCAUUAUUUCUUGACCCAAACAUGGAUUUUCAAAAAUGACCAGUUUAUUUCUCUGAUUGAUAUCAUUCCUGAUAAAGAUAGGUACAUACAUCAUAAAAAAGAAAAGUGUGUUUUAAGAUCUAUUUACGUCGAUGAAAAUAUUGUAAAUGAUUUUAUGCCUGUUGAUAUUGCUAUAAAAGCAAUGAUAGUCGCUGCUUGGAAAAGGGGACUCGAAAAAAUUACUACCGAAAAAGUUCCGAUAUACAACUGCAGUUCAAGUAAUUUGAAAAAAGCUACUAUAGGUGAAAUAAUUAAUAUGGGAUUAAAAUUUUCGGAAAAGUAUUUCGUAGACGAUCCUAUAUGGACUGUUGGUGGUAAAUUAACAAAUAUCUACAUAGAACAUUAUACAAAGGUAUUAUUUCUCCAUUUGCUGCCAGCUUUGGUUAUUGACACUUUAUUGAAAUGUUUGGGACACAAGCCAAUAUUGAGUAGAAUUCAAAGAAAAGUUUAUAUUGCUAAUAAAGCAUUGCAUUAUUUCUUGACCCAAACAUGGAUUUUCAAAAAUGACCAGUUUAUUUCUCUGAUUGAUAUCAUUCCUGAUAAAGAUAGGCUUGCGUUUGAUUUUAAUUUUGAACAUGUGGAUAAAGAAGAUUACUUUGAGCGAGCUGUGAGAGGUGGAAAAAUAUAUUUAAUGAAAGAAAAGCUUGAGGAUAUGUGGAAAGCCGAAAAACAAUAUAGAAGAAUGAAAAUAAUAGAUCGCAUCGUUCGAUACUCAUUCUACUUAGGUCUUCUUUAUUUCGUAUGGAAAAUGGUUGAAAGAUGCUAUAUAUUAUAA